UCGACAAUUACCCGAGUUGGAUCAGGAGAAACACUCGGGUCGGGUCAUUAGAUUCGGAGGCUAACCUAUAAGUAGGAAUCCGAAUAAUUGGCAAAGCAAAGACAAACCCUUGUUAGCGAAUUGCCAGCAGUUAUGUUCUCCUCCGCUCGAUCUUUUCUUAAACCUUGGUUAUCAUUCCGUCGCAAUUUCAGAACCGGCAAUGAUUACCGGAAAAGGUACAGUUACAAUUCUACCCCUGUAAAAUCCAAGCGUUCGAAAAGAUAUUUUGAUGAAAACACUAGAGUAGGGACCUCUUUUGUUGACAGGAUUGUACUUAGGUUAAGAAACUUAGGGUUAGGUUUAGAAGGAGAGGGGAAUUUGAAAUUGGAUUCGAGUGUGUUGGUUAAUGGCGAAAACGAGAAAUUAUUGAAUAGGGUUUGGGUUAGAAAGGAUAUGAUAUUAGAAGAGAGUGAUGGUGAAGGAGAUAAUAGUACAUGGGAUGAAGAGAUAGUGGAGAAACAAAGGGGAGGGAAGAGGAGACCGACGUUGGCUGAAAGGACGAUUGAGGAUGAGGAGUUGAGGAGGCUGAGGAGGAAUGGUAUGAUGUUGAGAGAAACAGUUACUGUACCUAAAACUGGGAUUACACGACUAGUGUUGGAAAAGAUUCAUCAUACAUGGAGCAAGAAUGAGCUUGUAAAUCUUAAGUUUCAUGACGAUUUGGCUUGUGAUAUGAAGACUGCCCACAUGAUUGUUGAGUUACUUCACCUCUCCAUGAUACUAUAAUCAUGUAUUGUUUUUAAUACACUACAACACGGAUAUAAUAUGUAAAAUUAGAUAACACUUGUGAAUUAAUAAUAAGAAUCAUCAUUACU